AUGAUGAAUGCCCUACGAGUUAUUGUAUUGAUCACUCAAAUUGGAUCGCUUGUAGCUGCUUUCGAACCGCUACGAUUAUCAUUUGAACAAAUGGAAACUCUAAUGAAGCAAUGUGGAGUAUUUCCUGAUGAAAAAUUCUCUACGAAGUCAAUACCAUUGGCUAUGCAUGGUCGUUUGGUCAGUAAUUCCAAAGCAGCCUGGGCUGUUCAUCUGCACACUGAGUAUCCAGGAUUCGACACUGAUUGCGGUGGAACACUCAUCUCACAACACCAUGUACUGACCGCAGCACAUUGCUUCUAUCCCGAAAUUUGUGCCAAUCAGACGCUAACGCCGAAAGAACAUGACACUUGGCUGGGAUCAUGGACAGUCUAUCACAGUGGCGAGUGUCUUCCGUUCGCUGAAGAUCCAUGUGAACGUGGUCAGACAAAGGCAAAAGUAGCCGGAAUUAGAAGUGUCAUCGUUCCCGAAGUAUUUUUCCAUUCGACGUGUCAACAAGGCGAUAUUGCGAUUGUCGAAUUGGAUGCAAAGGUACUUCCUUCAGCGGUCGCAACACCACUGUGUUUGGCAUCUGUGAAGAACCGUAUACCAAAAAAAGCGGUACUUGCAGCUUGGGGCUCUGAUGAAUUCGGUGAAGCGGGUGAUUUGAACCGUCUGAAAGGAAGUGUUUUCACGGAUGUUCGCGGCUACACUGCAUUUAUUUGCAAAUACACCGGUGUAUGUGUAGACUUGAUACCGAAUACAAAUACCAUUAAUGCAACAAGCAUCGUAUCGAACACAAACGACGCGAUAAUCAUCCAUCGAAGCAUCCACUAA